AUGUCUCAAAACGUUCAAGGCACAAAGGAUCCGCUCAAUCCAGAGGAGCUACUGUUGACACUUGAAAGUAUAUUGCUUGCGAAUGCUAAGCAGGAAAAUUUGGAAUCUAUUCUUCGAUCCGGUCAAGAUGCAUUAGCUUCCAUGUUUCACGCUAUAAUGCAGUCAUUGGGUUUUCGACUAGUCGGACUUGGUGAAAAAGAUAUUCCUGGGGACAAUAUAAGUAGGGAUGGAGAGGGUAACCUAAUAGGACUUCCGGAAACUUGGAAUUCGCAUGGUCCACAUUUAUAUGCCUUUCGCUAUAAACAUCAUCAGUCUUCAGUAACAUUUUUAAUCAAAUGCAUCACAAUGGCCAACAAUUUCUUAGUCCAUGGAAUGGGAAUUGAGGAUAAUCAGGAAACCUCCAUUAAACCAACUCAUAUUGAAUUAAUUACGGAUGAUUACACUUCUCCUUCCGCUUUUCCUUAUAUUGUCAGGAAUCAACACUCCGAACCACUCGUAAAUGUAUUUAUAUCAAAAAGUCGUAUCAAAGAUUUGGUUAGUCUUUACAAAAUCAACAUAGUUCAGAAAUUGAUGCCAAACCUGACCAAACCUGGAUAUGAGGAAACGUAUUUCAUGAGGUUUUUCAAAUAUUGA